AACUUUACGCAAGUAUCAAAGAUGACCACCUACUUCAACUAUCCCAGCAAGGAGCUGCAGGAUGAGCUCAGGUCGAUUGCCCAGAAGAUCGUUGCCCCCGGCAAGGGUAUCCUCGCCGCCGAUGAGUCUGUCUCGACCAUGGGCAAGCGCUUGAAGGAUAUCGGCGUUGAGAACACCGACGAGAACCGUCGCGCCUACCGCCAGCUCCUGUUCACCACUGACGAUAAGUUGGCCGAGAACAUCUCGGGCGUCAUCUUGUUCGACGAGACUGUGUACCAGAAGGCCGAUGAUGGCACUCCCUUCGUCCAGCUGUUGAAGAAGAAGGGCAUCAUUCCCGGCAUCAAGGUCGACACUGGUGUUGUCAACCUGAUGGGCUCUGAGGAUGAGACAACCACCCAGGGUCUCGAUGAUCUGGCCAAGCGUUGCGCCAAGUACAAGAAGGAGGGAUGCGACUUCGCCAAGUGGCGUUGCGUCCUCAAGAUCGGCAAGAACACCCCAUCCUACCAGGCCAUCCUGGAGAAUGCCAAUGUGCUGGCCCGCUAUGCCUCCAUCUGCCAGUCGGAGCGCAUUGUCCCCAUCGUGGAGCCCGAGGUGCUGCCCGAUGGUGACCACGAUCUGGAUCGCGCCCAGAAGGUCACUGAGACCGUUCUGGCUGCCGUCUACAAGGCCCUCAACGACCACCACGUCUACCUGGAGGGUACACUCCUCAAGCCCAACAUGGUCACCGCUGGCCAGGGCGCCAAGAAGAACACACCCGAGGAGAUUGCCCUGGCUACAGUCACGGCCCUCAGCCGCACUGUGCCCGCCGCUGUUCCCGGCAUCACCUUCCUGUCGGGCGGUCAGUCCGAGGAGGAGGCCUCUGUCAACUUGAGCGCCAUCAACAAUGCCCCAGCGCCCCGUCCCUGGAAGCUGACCUUCUCGUACGGUCGUGCCCUGCAGGCCUCCGUCCUGCGCGCCUGGGGUGGCAAGAAGGAAAACAUUGCCGCUGGCCAGCAAGAACUCAUCAACCGCGCCAAGGCCAAUGCACUCGCCUGCCAAGGCAAAUACGUGGCUGGUUCGAUUCCCUCAUUCGCGGCCUCAACCAGCUUGUUUGCUAACGGCGAUGCCUCUUUGGGCAAAUACGUUGCUGGCAGCGCUGGUUCCGGUUCCGGUUCCCUGUUCAUUGCCAACCACGCCUACUAAGGCGGGCAGCAGCAGAUCAUAAAAACGCAAAUUGCUGAGAAAAAGGAAUUCACGUUUCCCUUUUUCGGUAAUUUUCAUUAUUUAUUUUCUAAGUUACCAAGCAAGCAAAGCGCUAAAAAGAAGCAAAAAAAAAAAAAAUGUUUAAAAAAAUGAACAGAGAAAUGUUUUAAAAAAUGAAAUAAUUAUGUUUAUUGAGACGCAAAUUUACUUUUAGUUCUAAGCACAAAACAAAAGCAAAAGAAACCCAAAUCGUUGAAGUUAUUCAAAUUAUAUAUACAUACUUAUAUAUAUGCAUGUUCAUAUAUGAUCAUUAUAAAUAUUAUGUAAUAUUUCAAUGUUCGAAAUCUACUUGCAACAAUUAGAAGCAUGUCGUAAAUCGGAAUCGCAAGUGAAGCAAACACAACACCAGCAAACAACAUCAAAGAUUUUUAGCAUUGAAAUCACAUGAGUUUAUUAUGUUUUUACUUAUUCAAUAAUAUUUUGCAAUGUUUGUAUACAAAAGAAAAACAAAAAGAAACAAAAUCGCUAUGAGAAAAGUGGUUUUUCAUAAUUAUUAUUAUUACACUUUAUAUUUAUGAUUAUGAUUGUAAUUAUUAAGUGAACAAAAUGACGCAAAUAAACAAACACAAUCGAAAUAAAAAAGAAAUAUAUAU